AUGUCAAAACAAUUAGAUACACAUUCAUAUUAUACAAAUCAAAUUAAACGUAGCUCAUCUCCAUCAAUGACUCCACAUGGUAUGCCAUUUUCUGUCACUGAUAUUUUACAUCCACUAGAUCCAGACUCAGCGUAUAAACGUUCGUUAGAAAUGGCUACAGCCUUAGCGGGGAUGCCACCAUAUCAUCAUCAUCGUCCCACUUCAUCAACAUCAACGAAUUCAUCUUCAAACAAUAAUCUACACAAUAGUAUCAAUAAUAAUAGCAAUAACUUAAAUACUUAUUCAAUGGGAAAUGGUUUUACAUCCUCGACACCUCUAACCGGCACAACUUCAAAUCAUUAUUAUAAUCCUCAUUUAUAUCAUCCUAGUUCUGCAUUUUCACCUAAUAGUUCAUAUUACAAUGGAAAUUCAUCGGCUGAAUCGCUCUAUAAUACGUCAAAUAUUUCACAAAAUGGACAAUAUUCACCAACAUACUGGUAUGGUACCGCAGCAAUGUCACGAUUUCUUGGUACAUCAUCAGAUAGUGCCGUCUCUGCUUUAGCAAAUGCUUAUGAUCCAAUGAAAUCGUAUGCCCAAUUUCCAUUUGUAUCACAAAAACGCAAACGUCGUAUAUUAUUUAAUCAAGGGCAAAUCUAUGAAUUAGAACGACGUUUUAAACAACAAAAAUAUUUGAGUGCACCUGAACGUGAACAUCUUGCUGGCCUACUUCAACUGACACCAACUCAGGUAAAAAUUUGGUUUCAAAAUCAUCGAUACAAGACGAAAAAACAGCAAAAAGAGAGAGAUAGAGCAGAUAAACAGCAUCAUCAUCACCAUCCCCAGCGAUCUCUUCAUUAA